AUGGCGACGACAUAUGCCGAAGCGCUCGAAUCCAUACGCACACUGGCUCAAGAGAGAUCAGCGUCGCGGGAAAACCAGCUUGAGCUCGUAUCCUUAAAUCAGGCUGUCGGCCGCAUCAUGGCCAACGACAUUUACAGUCCGAUGACAACCCCACUUUUCGACACAAGCGCGAUGGAUGGCUUUGCUGUCAGUUCCGCAGCAACGACAGGUGCCUCGGAGGAGAAUCCAGUGAUAGUCCACAUAAAAGGCACGAUGAUUGCUGGGGAUGUUCCAAUUACGGUUUCUGGAGAAGUCCGUGAUGGUAUCGUGCCAUGCAUGGAAAUCAUGACUGGUGCGAGGUUUCCGGAAACAUACGACGGUCCAGAAUUCGACGCCUGCGUUCCGCUGGAGCAAACCCUGGACGUGCCCGGACGCGCUGCCAAUGAGUACAGACGGGUGGUCAAGCCAGUGAUCCCCAGUCAGCAUCGAAGACUUGCAGGUAGCGACUUUCAACGCGGCGAACUGGUUGUCUCAGCUAGAACAAUCCUUCAGCCGCAGCAUAUAAUGGCUUUGGCAUCUGUGUGCAUCGCGGAGGUUGAGGUUCGGAGGAGAGUUCGUGUGGGUAUUUGGUCGACUGGCUCCGAGCUGCAGAGCAGCGGUCAUGGGGAUCCGGAGAGAGAUAGAAUUCCGGAUAUCAAUGGGCCGUAUCUGGAUGCGACACUUCGGAACGAAGGGUAUGACGUUGCGUUCUUCGGCACAAUUGGCGAUGAGCCCGACGUGUUUGCAAAAGCCCUCCGUUCACGAUUGGCGUCCGGGGGUUUCGAUGUGUUCAUCACUACCGGAGCUGUAUCCGCGGGCAAGUUCGAUUUCGUGCGCCAGGUGCUUGAGGAUGUUGGGUCGAAUAUUGCGUUUCAUAAAGUAGCAAUCAGACCGGGGCAUCCGGGAAUGGGAACGGCCACAACGAAUCUCCCAAGCCUACAAGGCCUGUUUUCUUUGGGUUACCUGGCAAUCCACUAG